AUGCCAACUCAGAAUGGCUCUGAACAACCUGCGAAAAAGCGGAAAGUGCACAAAAGGAAGCUCAAGAAGAUGCUUGCGAAGCCAACUAUCAACAUAAAUAAGGUGCCUAUAUCGCUAACGCUGAUUCGAAAGUUGGUACUUCAGGUCGCUCAGCCUCAUGGCAAGAAGCAACAGGAACACUUUGAAGUGUUGAAUGCGGAUAAAGUGGCGAAUAUUGUGGUUUGCGUGGUGCCAGGACUUUUAGAAGAGGAGUUUCGAGAGAGAGGAUUGGAUACUUUGAUGACGUUGGAGAAUGCAGAGAAACAAAGGCAAUUGCUGUUUUUCGAUGGGAAGUUUUCUUCACUCAUUCCCAUGACAAAUCCUGGAAGCUCAAGCGAAGUUGCACCCGUGCUUCCGGCGUUGUUUGGAGAUCGUAUUCUCAAGAGCGUCAAGGAGAAAUUGCUGGAGGAACUGAGGCUAAAGCAGAUUGGAAUUGAGGAUUUGCUUGUAAAAGAUCCAGACUGGGUGGACCACAAUUACAAAUAUUUCCCUGGGUCAGGUGAGACAGCGCCUGAAGGUUGGUUUCAAACGAAGGAUCUUCACAAGGACAAGGUGGAUGUCUUCAGCUUGGACUGCGAGUUUUGCCAGACUGAGUCAGGGAACCAGCUAGCGAGAAUUUCUGUGGUGAAUUACGAGGGAAAAGUGGUUUACGACGAAGUUGUGAAGCCAAAGGACGAAAUCACCAACUACGCUACGAGGUACUCGGGCAUGACGAAGGAGGUGUUGGAUAAGGCCACCACUACGGAAGAUGAUGUGCGAGAGAAACUCAAGCUGCUCAUUUCUGCAUCAGACAUUGUGGUGGGCCAUUCUUUGCUGUCCGAUUUCAACGUGUUGAAGAUGGUCCACGGAAAAGUCGUCGACACGUGUGUGAUAUAUGACCAUCAUCGCAAAAAGCCGUACAAAGCAAGUCUCAAAUGGCUUUGUGAGAAGUAUCUAAACAGACAAAUUCAACAAGGUGAGGAAAUCGGGCAGGGCCACUCGUCUAUUGAGGACGCCGUCGCAUGCUUGGACUUGGUGAAGCUCAAACUUUCAAACGGUAUGCAUUUCGGACAAGAACCCGAUUUUUUGCCCAUUUCAGCGGUGAUUAGAAGCUCCACAGGUCACAAGACCUCCAUACUAGACACGCUGAUGACCGAGUGGAAAGUGCCUGGCUGUUUCCUAGAUACGGUGACGCAUGUGGCCGCUAGUAAUGAUGACGAGGUUGCUGCAAAAGUGAAGGCAACAUUAGGAGAGAGCAAGAUCAUUUUUGCCAAAUUUUCACAGUUUCCAAAGGGUGCAUCGAGUGAGCAGAAACAGCGUUUAAGUGAGCAACUCGAUGACGUGUGGACGAGUGUUCCCGAAUAUUCAUUAUUUAUUGUCCUCGGCGGGAGCGCCGACAAGCCAGAAAUCCAGAAACUCAGCUGUGUGAAGCGGCAAUUUAACAAGAAGCAAAAACAAGGAGAAAAGGUAACAAGUCCAGAUGAAGUGUGGGACUUUGACAAAGAGUCGCAGCUCAAAAGAGCGGUGGCCGAAGCCAGAAGAUCACUUGCCUUUGUUGCCAUCAAGCCAUCGCAGGAAGAGUCUGAUGAACAGAAGGGCCAUGGAUCAUUGAAGAACUGGAGGUGA